CUUCUACAGAAACCAUUUCAGUUUGCUACAGGACCAUUUUUAAUCUGAAUUGAACCACCCCUUUUGCGUCCUUAGCCAAAUCACCAAAAUGUCCAGUUAGAACAAGAACUUAGCAUUCUGCAAAAAGAAGUUAACAGCUGAGGAAACAUUCUGAAAUGGAUCCGAAAUAUUUCAUCUUAAGUUUGUUUUGUGGACACCUCAGUGAUACAUUUCUCUUAACGACAGAAGACAUUACAACAGAGUCUCCUGUAUUUAUAUCAUCAAGGCUCAAUGUCUCAGCUAAUGCUCAAAACACAACAGGGAAUCCUUGGAGUCAACCAACAGAAUUCAACCACGUUUCUUCUGCACAACCAAUAUCAACUGCCAAAGUUGCUGGUGGACAAUCAAUACCAGGGGCCUAUGCUCCUUCUGAAAAACCGGCAGCGCAAACUUCUGCUGGGCAACCACCUGCCUCUAACAUCACCAGACAACCACCAAUACCAACGGCCAACGCCUCCUCCCGACAAACAGUACUCCCUGUGCUUACCUCUGCCGGACAACUACCACCAUCUGCCCAUACUUCUACCAAACAACUGCCGCCAUUUCUCUACACUUCCACUCAACAACCAUCAUCUAUCCACACGUCUUCUGGAAAACCAAUACUACCAACUGUUCAUAAUCCAUCUAAACCACCAACCCCAAGUGUCAAAAGUUCACAGAGGGUGACUCCAGGAUUCAUCCUAGAAACUACCAGUAACACAAAUAUCCCACGGGAAACCAAUUCUAAUUUGAUAGCUGCCACAUUAGUGGGUGUAAUUCUGAUGUCUAUGUUUGUAGCUAUAAUCAUGAUUGUGCUAUGGAAAUGCUUGAGAAAACCAGUUUCAAAUGAUCAGAAUUGGGCAGGUAGGUCUCCAUUUGCCGAUGGUGAAACCCCCGACAUCUGUUUGGAUAACUUUAGAGAAAAUGAAGCACCCGUGAAAAGGACAUCAAUUGUUUCACUUAUGCCCUGGAAACCAAGCAAAAACACACUCAUAGCAGAUGACUUAGAAAUUAAGUUGUUUGAAUCAAGUGAACACAUUGGAGAUUCCAACAACGCCAAAACAGAGAAAAUAAAAGAUCAGGUAAAUGGUACAUCAGAGGAGAGUGCUGGGGGAUCAACGAUCGGCACUGCUAUUUCUUCUUCAGAUGAUGCAGAUUAUCCACCACCUUCCCCACUUCUUGAUUUGGAAGGACAGGAGAGUAACCAAUCCGACAAACCCACAAUGACAAUUAUAUCUCCUCUUCCAAAUGAGUCCACCAAUCUCCCACCAUCUCUGGACUGUCUCAAUCAAGUCUGUGAAGGUUACAAUUCUGAGUUUGAACAAUCAUUUCCACCUCCUCCCGACUCAUUUCACUUGCCCCCGGCACCAGAAGAUUUCAUGAAAAACCAGGAAGAUUCCCACAAUGAGAUCCAGGGUCAGGAAUUCUCUAUUCCUCCUGACUCUGGUCAAGACCACAGUGAAUCCUUGCCACCCCCACCUGAAGAACUGUUAUAAAUACUGUAAUUUGCUUUUUAGCUGAUUUUCCAUCCUUCCUACAGAACUCCAUCUUUUUUUUUCUCUUCAUGUGAUGAAAUAUAUUAAAAGGCAACUGGUAGCCAAUUUUGAUUUUUAUUCAGGAACUACCUGAAAUCUGCUAAAGCCCAUGUGCAUGGCUGGAACUUAUUUUUAAAAAAUGACAUAACAGUGAUCUAUUUACUAGCUAUUGUACCUAACUUUAAUGUAGAGAACAUUUUACCUAUGUGGAUGGUAUGUAUGUCAGUAACUUAGCCACUUUGGAAAUAAGCACUCUACAUAUAGUUAAUAUCAUCUAAUGGAUAUAUACUUUUUUCCUGAAUAGCUGUGUGUAAAGUUACAUUGAAUAAAUAACACUUUGUUUUUCCA